AUGCGUGAUUUGACCGAAAUGGAUGCUGUAUUUGCCGGUGUGAACUGGAGGCCGCAUCUCAUCCGGAUAGCCAUUGUUUGGGUUAUCAUUCCGUUCUUCUUCUACUAUUUCGUGGCAAGUCUCACAUACUGGCUUGGAAUCAGGAGGAAAAGACUAAGACUAUCGGACAAGGAUGCAGACGAGGCAGUUGUCAUAGUGCUGGGAGACUUAGGGCGGUCGCCAAGAAUUACAUACCAGGCGAGAAGUCUUGUGGAGCAUGGAUUUCUCGUAAAUGUGUGCGGAUACAUUGAAAGUGCUCUACCUUCGUUUUUGUAUGAUGAAGAUAUAGAAUUGAAUGAGAUCUCUGUGAUAAGAAACACGCGGCAUCUUCCAUAUGCACUAUUUGCUGCUUCGAAAGCAAUUUCACAGAUAUUCGAGUUGGUGGGAGUUCUCACAAGGGUAAUUACAGACCGCACAAAGUAUGUGCUGAUACAAAACCCACCAUGCUUUCCUCUACUUGCAAUUUUGGUUCUGCUCAAGCUGACCAUCUGCCCACACAUCAAGUUGGUGAUCGAUUGGCACAAUUUAAACUACACAAUCUUGAAUUUGAGGUAUCAAAGCGAGAGACAUCCCCUAGUGAGGUUUCUUAAGGCAUACGAAAGGUGUCUUGGUGCAAAGUACACGGAUUUGAACUUGACAGUCACAGAUGCAAUGAGGAAGUUUCUUAUUGGAAAGUUUGGGUUUCCAUCAAAGAAAGUUAUCACACUUCAUGAUAGACCAGCGGAGAAGUUUAGACCAUUGAGUGGAAGAGCGGAAUUCCGUGAUAUUCAGGCAAACCAUGCAGAAAUAUUCGCCGGAACAAAGUUUGACUCCACAAAAGAUAAAAUACUCAUCACGGCCACUUCAUUCACUGCAGAUGAGGAUUUUAAUGUGCUCGUCGAUGGACUAAUUGCGUUGGAUGACUUACUCGAAGAAGAAAAGGCAAAGCCCAAAGUAUUGAUGAUAGUUACCGGAAAGGGCCCGUUGAAAAACGCCUUUUUGAAAAGAACAGCAGCUCACAACUGGUCACAUGUCACAAUCAAGAGUGUGUGGCUAUCGGAUGAAGAGUACCCCAAAGUUCUCAGAAUAGCUGAUUUGGGCAUAUCACUACAUUACUCGAGCUCGGGGCUCGACCUACCAAUGAAAAUAGUUGAUUUAUUUGGAUCUGGAGUCCCUGUUUUGUCAAUGGGCUAUCCAGUGAUACAUGAACUUGUACAUGAAGGACAAAAUGGUGUAUGCAUGUCGGAUAAUAAGAGUGGUGAGGAAAUGGGCCAGAAGUUGAACAGGAUUUUGUUUUGUGAGCCUGAAGUGAUGGGCAAACUGAAGUCAGGUGCGGUGCACGAGAGUAGCGUUAAAUGGAAUGACGAAUGGGAGGCCAAACUUGGCCAGAUUAUGAAGCAUUAA